AUGCACCAGAGCCGCUUCCGCGUCUGGCGAUGCAGUGAACUGGCGCAGCUGUGCAGUUCUUCCCUCUACGCCCUCUUGCUGGGAAGCCGGCCUGUCUGCAUUCGAUCCUCUAACCUUCUCAGAUCCCAUUUCAUCCCCAGACAGCACCGUAGCCCUCGCAGGGCAGGCGAUGAACCGCAACCCCAGCGCCAGUCGAAGCUGUCCAGGAGUCCUAAGAAGGUCUCUGUAGAUACACGUGACAGAGAACAGCGACUAGCCCAGCAGACUCCCUUGUCACGUGUGACCCCCUAUCACAAGGACGUGCAUAAAUGCGCUUCAAAGCUCGUUAAUCGUGCGAGGACAAGCACAGAACGCUCGCAGGUGGCGUCUCCCUCUUCAUCUCCACGCAUACAGCACAUGCAAAGACAAUCACCUGAGAAGGGUCCCGCUGUGUCUUCAGCGACGCUACUGCGCUCCUUGAAGGCGCGUAACUCGCCGUACGUAUCCACACUCUGCAAGCGUGUUGUGCCGAGACACACCGGCACGCACGGUACCAUCCAAGAUCUCAACUCGGCGCAUCAGUCGGAUGAUCAGCGCCGUGCAGUAGCAGACCUCCGCUCUGAAGAAACACGCAGCAUUGAGAGCGACGGCUACGACCCCGCACUGGUAGUGCACGUCGACUCUCGCCACCGCCAGGUGCGGCUAAAUGACGUCCAACGCGAGCUUAUCUGGAAGGCGCGGCAGACGCAGUACCACAACCUGCUCCAGCGGAUUGUUGCCUGCCUCCAGUCCCAUCGCAGCCCCAUCGAGAAAUGUCAAACUCUCUACGGCCUUCACAACGAAGUAAUCAAAAAGCAUCUGCGGCUGCGCGCCGACACCUACGAGGACAUCUUCCACACGCUCUACAGUGUCGGUGUGAAGCGAGGCGGUGGUGCUGGGCAGCCUGGCAAGGCGUCACUGAGCUCCAGCGCACAGCUUGUCAGCGGCGGUGCUGGAUGCGAGUACUGGAACUGGCAAGAAAUCUCACUCAUGGGCAGCGGCGGGACACUGCCUGCCGAGCUCGCCACACCUUCCGCAGCCUCCAGCAUCGUGUUGAGUCUCCGCGGCAUGGAGAAUGUCUGGGAGAUGUACCGCUAUCUUGUGGAUAGCGGCACUGACCCGACACCACGCAUUCUCCAGUACGUGAUGGGCCUACUGGAGCAUGCCUCCGUCUCCCUCGCGGUGGCACGGGCGCACACCCCCGCGGACUCUGGUGGCACCCCCAUCACGCACGGACGUCAUCGCGCGCGGAGUUCUGGCCUUAUACUCGUCGAAGCCAAGGCUCACUCUCUCAUGAUGGACGCAGAUCGUUUUCACCUGACCCCGACCGAGUACACCGUCAACUCAUACAUUGCCAUCUGCGAGGCGUGCGACGUGAUGCACCUCGCCGUGGCUCGUGUAACGGAUUACCAGACAAGGCAAGAGCGGCAAGCAUCCCCUGGCAUGUAUGCUCGUCUCCUGACAGGGCUUGUGCGCUGUAGCCACUACACCGAUGCAAUGGCGGUAGCGACUACAAUGCAAAACGUUCCGAUGACUACGUACCUCGUGAACGCUGUCCUCCAGGCAGCACGGCACUCCCAUGACCCCGCAAGCGUCUUUAGCUUUUACCGCUCUCUCUUUUUUGCUCCGCCGAGCCCGCUACGCCUCAGUGAAAGCCGCAGCCCCGAAAAGAGCGGCAGUACCUCACCAGCGCCGGGUCUCUGGCGCGUCAGCCCCACUUCUCGAUCUGCCACUGGCUUGGCUCCCUCCCUUGUCACCUUCUCUAUCAUGGCAGAGGUAAUUCUACAGACGCAGGACUACACUGAACUAACGUUUGUGAUUUCCGAAAUGCAGCACUACGGCGUGAAGGGAAACGGACUUCUCCUGAACAAACUCUUGAAGAUGAUGCGCACCGCGGGGCGUCCACAAUCGGAGGUGCAAGCUCUUCAAAGUGCCAUGGAGGCGAAGCAGGUGCGUGUCUUCGAUGAGAACAAAGCGGGUGGUCCUGUGCCCUCUCUGGAAUGA